GGCGGCGGAUGGACACUCUUUUUGUUAAGAUCACACCCUGACACCUGUACCCCUUCCACUGUGAAAAGUAAAAAAGCAGUCAGACCGGGCUCACCCUGAUGUUAUCUCUUCUGAAGAUAAACACAAAGACAUGGCUUCUUUCUUUCAAAACAUAUUAAGACGAUCUGUGCCACCUCCCACAUUGCAACGGAGAGGCAGCCUGGAAGAACCCCCAACAUUCAGGAUCAUAUUGGUGGGAUCUGACUGGCAGAAAAAAUGCAAUGUCAUUAACUCCCUCCUGGGCAAAGAUGUGGCUCCCACGACUGGUUCAAAGACACAACACAGCACAGCAUUCACUGGAUUUGUGCAGAAUAGUGUCAUCACUGUAGCCAUCACUGCUGACCUAUUCACACCACGUCUCUCAGAUCAAGAUAUCAAAAAGAGGGUUAAGGAGUGUGCGUCCCUCUGCACACCUGGAUUUCAUGCAUUGGUGCUGGUGAUAAACUCCCAGGACUUUGAUAUGACAAAGAAAAACAGAAUGGAAAACAUUGUGUCCUCUUUCUCUAAGCAGGCAUUUCAGCACUCAAUUAUCUUCUUUACUGACAGUACUCCUUGGAGAGCCAAAGAGGAAGUUAAAAGUGUAAUUGAACUAUGUGGGGGAAGGACAUACCAAUGCAGAAAAAAGGACAAUGGUGCACUGAAGGUUAUAAAAGACAUGAUCGCAGAGAAAGGUGUUGAGACCUGUGACAUGUAUGAAGAGGGAGUAGCUACAGGAUCACCUUCUGCUAAAUAUUCAAAGCCGGAGGAUCAAGACCGAGAAGCAUACCAGGUUAUUGCAUCAUCAAGUAGUAAUGUUGCUCACAUUUCGUCUGAGAGGCUGAACCUGGUGUUGUGUGGGAGUAACGCAGAAGCAGUUGCCUCAGCAGCAGCCCUGAUACUGGGAGAGCAGACAGACCCCAUCCCACCGCCCAGCUCAGAGUGUGUGAAGAGAGAAGCAGAGGUGUGUGGACGCCAUGUCACCCUGGUCCUGCUGCCGGCUCUGGGAAAGACACAGCUCUCUGAAAAAGCACCGCUGCAGCACUGUUGCAGCACUGUCCAUAUCUCUGUUCCUGGGAUCCAUGCUUUCCUUCUGGUCAUUCCUGAGCAUCCAUACACGGAUGAUGACAAAAAGGAAUUGAGCAACAUUCAGCAGUUUUUCGGCAAAGAGGCUGGACAAUUCUACAUUAGUCUGUUGACUGAGCAACAAAUUGAAGGUCUAGAUGCCAGUGGUACGGCUACAAAGGCCAUAACUGAGACGGUCAAGAGACGAUUCCACAUCAGGGAUCACAACUUUGAAGUUGUGGCACUGUUGGAUGAAGUAGAGAAAAUUAAAGCAAAUCAUGGCUACUACACUUCUAAAAUGUUCUCAGCUACACAAGUGAAGACCCUUACUGAGACAAGGAGAACUGUACAGGAACUCCAGUUUCAGAUCAACAGACUUCAAUGCAGCGGUCAAGGUUUCAUGGAAGAUGCAGACAAUCUGAGGAUUGUGUUGCUGGGAAAGACGGGAGAGGGGAAGAGUUCCACCGGAAACACAAUUUUGGGAAAAGACGUGUUUAAGGAGGAUUUUGACUCUAAUUCGGUAACAACUGUAUGUCAGAAGGAGACUGCUAUGAUCAAUGGAAAACUGAUUACUGUGGUAGACACUCCGGGUUUGUUUGACACAAAGACGGACAAUGAAGAGAUCAAGAAAGAGAUCAUAAAAUGCAUUGGCAUGGCAGCUCCAGGUCCGCAUGUCUUCCUCCUGGUGAAAAAAAUGGGGCGCUUCACUCAGGAGGAGAAAGAUGCUGUGGAGAUGAUCCAGAACAUUUUUGGUGACGAAUCUGGAAUGUACACACUUGUGUUAUUCACAUGGGCAGAUCAACUUAAGGGAAAGUCAAUUGAUACGUACCUUGAAAAUGCAGGAGAUGAUCUGAAGAAUAUUCUCCAUAGAUGUGGACAGAGAUACCAUACAAUUGACAACACAAAUAAAAACAAUAAGAAGCAGAUCACUGUGCUUUUGAGUAAGAUAGAAAGCAUGGUAAAAGUGAAUGGAGGAAAGUGUUACUCUAAUGAGACAUUUCAGAAAGUAGAGGAGACUCUGAAACAGGAGCAGGAGAGAAUACUGAAGAGCAGAGAGGAAGAGACACAGAAGGAGAAAGAGGAGCUGCAAGCAAAACAUCAAGAAGAAAUGGAUAAACUGAAGAGGGAGAUGGAGAAGGAAAAGAAGAAGCAAAAUGAGAAAAUUAAAAAGAGAGAGAAAGACUUUGUGAAGAAGGAGCAGAGCAUGAAAGAAAAGAUGGUACAGUUGGAACAGGAAGAGAGAAGCAAAAUGGCAAAGGAACUCAAAAGGCAAAGAAAGCAAUUUGAAGAACAGAAAAGAAAGGAAGCUCAAAGCAGUAAUGAGAGGCACAGAAGGAACACAGAGUAUCUUAAAGAAAUGCAUGAGAAAGAUAAAGAUCGUCUGAAGAGAGAGACAGAGAGGGCAGCCAGAAAGCAAGCAGAGAAGGAGUUUAAUGAAGAACUGGAUAGAAAAGUGAAAGAGGCUAAGUCAAAGGGUCAUGAUGAGGGAUACAAAGAAGGCCAUGAUAAAGGGAAAGAGGUGGGGCAAACUGAAGGACAAACUAAAGGGUAUGAUGAGGGUCAUAAGAAGGGACAGGAAGAUGUUGAGGCAACUCGAACUGGCAUGGGUAGAUUUAUAGAUGGAAUUUUUAAAGAUCAGAAAUUGUAAUGAAAAAAAUCUAAAUCUUUACUGAAUUCUGAAGACAAAUAUUUAGCUUUGUGUUGAGCACAUAGGGGCUCAAAAGUAUUUGAAGCCAUGAUAAAGUUGACUAAAGAGGAAUAUAAAAUCAUCUUUUAGAAAUUGAGUGCCUUUAAUAAAAAAAAAAAAAAGAGGAAAUAUCUUUCUAAAGGUGUUAAUACCUUUUAAGGACACCAAAUUCCUUUGCGAAUGAAUAAUGUAUCAUAAAUGAAUACAUGUUUUUCCUUGAAAUACAGGGAUCAUAAGUAUUUGCACCCCUAUGUUAAAUUCCCAUAGAGGCAGGCAGAUUUUUAUUUUUAAUGGCUAGCUAUUUCAUGGAUCCACGAUACUAUGCAUCCUGAUAAAGUUCCCUUGGCCUUUGGAAUUAAAAUAGCCCCAUAUCAUCACAUACCCUUCACCAUACCUAGAGAUCGGUAUGGUGUUUUUAAGUUAGCCUAUAGCUGGUUUGAUUUGCAUUUAGCUCAAUGAGCCCCACUGUAUAUAAGAAUAACUUCAUUCCACAUCAAUCAUACAGAAUCUAUAUGAUCUUUUUUCUUUUGAUCUUAUUAGUCUGUGAGACUACCGAAUUCCUGAUUGCAACGUGAAUGUGUUAUGUGAUUUUUUUUUAAUCUAGAUUAAUCUCACUGUAAUCUUGAAAUUAAUCUAGAUUAAUCUAGAUUAAUUGUAGGUGCACCAGCACAAAAUGUAGGUGCACCCACAUUUUUCAUUGCAUCGCCUUUAACGCUAAAAGGUCAGCUUUUUAUCGCUGUCCUUUCAUAUAAUGAUUUUUUAACAACAAAAAGCCUAGAAAAAGCUUGAAACACAAUAAAAGAAUAUAUUCUUUACAAAACUAUUUAUAUAGGCCUAUCAUGACAGCACACUGUAUGCAGAUUGUAGCCUAGGCUACUAUUCAUAUUACAACUCCGCCUCUUUAAUUCAGCUGUCUGCUUGAAGCCUCAAAAUGUAAACAACGUAGCAUUGGCUAGUUUAUCAUAGUUUACUGGUUGGACUCUUCAGUUUCCCCACGUGUGUUUAGCCUACUUUAAGUUUCAUUGUGGGCUGACACUUUUUCUCCUUUCGAGUUUUGGAGUUGGAAAACAUUGGUAUUGACAUCAUCAGUCAACUCGUGCAAGCGUGACUUGAAUGUAAGAGUUUUAAUCAACUUUCUGCAGGAAUGAUGCUAACCGGAAUUAAUAUUAAUUUUAGCUAACGUCUUCAUCAUUGCGUUCACGAUUGUGAACGUUUUAUUUGGAUUAAAUGUGCAUGUCGAGGGGCGGGUGUCCAUUGAGCGCGCACGGGAGAGCGAGAGCAAGAGCAAGCGGGCCAAGGAGACCUCGGGUAACUUCUAUACUGUUUGGUGAAGUUGCACGCAUAGUCUACAAUGACAACUUGUGAAAGAAAGCAGCCGAGCAGCGUCAGGUGCACCAGUGCGACCUAGACUUUUUUCAGGCGCACUCUUAAACAUUUGGCGUUCGCGCUAAAAUAUCAAGGUGAAAGUGAUCAUAGCUUGCGUGGUAUAGACCCAGCUCCGAGCCCAACUUUGUGAAUAGAUUAACGCCGAUAUUUUUUUUUAUCGCCCGAUAAGAGUUGCACGUUUACGCCGAUAACGGCCCACCACUACUUUUUUUGCAUGUCUCGCAGUAUGGGGGGGUUUAAAAGCAAAAUUAAGAUGAAAAACUUUUUUUUUUUUUUUUUAUUAAAAAUAAAAUGAAAUACAUUUGGGUUUUAAUUUUCCUGAUAAACACAAUGUUUUGUUACAAAAAAUAUAUAUAUAUUGAAAACGUCUAUUUGUCAUUUCAUUUUCAUUACCAGGUACCAUAUUAGGCCUAGGCCUACUGCCAAAAAUUAAAAUGAAAAUGUUAUUUGGAAAAUGAAAAUGUAAACUUCACUUUGACUUUGCCUUUUCCUGACAAUGAGCACAAUGUA